UCCUCACUUCUACAGCUAAAUACCCUCAAAGGGAAGGUGCUCUUCUGGGAAGCUAAGGGGAGGGGGGCCUGGGGGCUGCCAGGGCCCAUCACUCUGCCCGGUCCCCUCCCGCCGCGUGGCUUGUAGCCCCUCUCCCCGGUAACCUGGAGGCUGGCAGGCACUGAAUAGCAACCCGCUGGCUGCCCCCGACCAUACCAUUCAAACGUCCAGCAGGGGAAGGUGAGAGCCUCGGGUACAGAGUCAGAGAGACCCUCCCCACUGCGUUCCCCGCAAGGCCCCCUGCCCCUCCAGAGGGCUCCAAGGAGACCGGCCAGUGAAGGCCGUGGGAAGGCUCAGGAGCGCCCAACUCCUCCACGAGGCUCCCUCUUCCCAGCCCAGUUGCCAUCCCGACCUUCCUGCCUUUCCCCUCCCCCCAGGGAGGGCCCAGACUCUUCCAGACAAAGCCAGGUCUAACUGGAGAGUGAGGGGCAAGGGCCACUCUGCCUGGCUGGCUGAGGGACACAGGCGGAGCCCAGGGCAGGUGGGGGUCACAGAGACGACCAGUGCUCCCCGAACCUCCGUCGAACAGCUGAGAAGACCUCUCGCCCAGCUGGAUACCGCCGAGGGCUGGCUCUGAGGAGCCAUGAACACAGAGGGCCCCAGCCCCCUCGCCUUCCUCACAGCUCCAGCCACUCCAGGGAGGCUCUCAGAGGCCGUUGACCCCAUCCCCGUGCUCAUUGCCCUGGCCUGCAUCUUCCUUCUGCUGGCCACCUGUCUGCUGUUCAUGACCCUCUGCAAGCCCCGGGCACUGGACCCGAGCCGCCGCCGGGCCCGCGAGUGCAUGCCCCACCACCCGGGGAGCCCCAGCGAGCCCCAGCUCCGCCUCUGGAAGCGCCUGGGCUCGCUGCGCCGCUCCCUGCACAGCUUCCGCCGCGGCCGGCCUGCCCCCCGGCGCCCCCUGCCGGGCAGAGAGGACAACCACGACUGCGACUGCACGGAAUCUACCAAGAUGUGACAGGGGUGUCCUCCUAUCCCAUCCACAGACCCUCUUGCCUUGGGCAGAACCAGGCACCUCCGGCUGCAAGAGGACAGUGGCCCAAACAACCUGGGCCACAUGCCCACUGCCAUUGGUACUCUGUGCACUCAGGCCCGUGGCCUUUCCCAGGGAUCGUCCCCGAAGAAUGCCUUCCUUCCUGCCGCCACUUUAGCCGCUGCCGGUUGGAAGGCUCCUGGACCAGUGACUGGGCACCUGCAACCAUCUGGACCCUUGGCCCAAAGCUUUCAACGGUACAAACGUGGGGCCCCCAAGGCCCCUCUCUGACCACCAGGCACCAGCAUCUCCAGGAAGCAGUCCCCCUUCUUCCCAAGAGAAGCCUUGCCCACCCUCCAGGUGCCAAAGCCCAGCUCAGAUUCCAGUGCGAGUUGCUGAAUGGCCAAAGGUUCCCUCCAGCCAAGUGAAAUACUCAGCCAUGCUGGGGGCAAGGGAGUGUCCUGCCCUCUGUGCCAACUCAGUGCCCGAGGCAAAGGGGAACCCAGGGAAUCCUCUCCCCCGACUUCCAGGACCCUGCCUGCAUUUGCCUGUAAUCCAUGGGAGCAGCCAGCACCCCUGUGGUGAAUCAGAUGCCGGGUGCUUGCUAGGAGGAGGGGCAUUCUGGGGGCUCUCAACACACCUAGCCAAUCACAAUCUUGGCUGUCACCUUGGCACGCCACCACCCCCCUCCCCCCACCCCAAUGCACCUGAGCCAGGAUGGAUGAGGAAGGGGCUGGGAAUGACUUAAGAAGCUCCUUGCAGAGGCCAGGACUGCCGCUGUGUCAGAGCGGGAGGAGGCAUUGUCAGCAACUGAAGGUGAUAUUAUCCAGGCUCUGAGAGCAUCGUAGAGGCUCCAUGCCUCACCCAGGGAGGGAGGCAGGCUUCCUCCAGCUGACAGGGUCCAGGCCUCUCCAGGACCGCUGUGGAACCUCAGGCCUUGACCACAUGAGGUGUGCUAUCGUAUUUUUGGUGAUUGCUUCAAUGACUGGCUACUGUCAAAGCAAUCCCACCCCAGGUUGGGCUUCUCAGAAUCCCAAACCUUCAACCUCUCCUCGUAAGGCUGGGGCUAACCACUUUGGUUGGUCCCCAAUUUGGGGGGCUGGGCAGAGGGGUCUGAACUGCCCAGCUCCUGCCCCAGAGUCACCUGGCUAGGGUCACCUGUACCCCAUUAGGGACUGCUCUACCUAACCCUGCUACAAUCCACAGAGCAGCCAGGCACGUCUUCUCACAGAGCGAGCUCUGAGUCUGCCAUUCCCCAGCUCCAGAACCUUUGCUGGUUCCCUACUGCUGGAUCAAGCCAGAGCUUCUUUGUCUGGUGCUCGGUGCCCACUGGGAGCUGACUGCGAAUGAUGUUUCUAGCCUCAUCUUGACCCAAGACUCCAGGCAAACUGAAAUAUCUGUCUACCCUGGGCUACAGCUCACUCGGCACGCAUGCCCUCCAUGAAGUCCUCUGUCUCCACCUGAAGCCUCCUCCUGCUGAAAUCAAGGGAGGAAAGGGACCAGUUCCUUUGGGCAGUGUGGGUCAUCCCCGUCAUGGCUGCUCCUUUCUGCAAGCCUGGGAUGCCCCCAGAGAGCAAGACCAAGUCUAGCCCCUCAUCUGCCUCACCAGCAACAGGCUCCGAGGCAUGGGGCCUCUGUUUACUGAGUGAAGGGUGGCCCUGUCUAGUCCUGGGGGCACCCCCUUCUUCCCUUGGAUGCCUCUGCAGAGAAGCUGUCUCUCCCAGCAGGCCCACCGUGCCUUCCUCUCAGGUCAGUCUGACAUCUGAGAGCAAGUCCACUUUGGCCAGAAACUUACUUCCAGGGCCUUGAGAAAUCACCAGAGCCUGAUUUUCUCCCUGAGAAAUGGGGAGAAUCGGUGACUGCCUUAUAUUACUCACAGGCUCUAGGAUCUCACUCUGAGUAGUCUAUAUAAAUAGAAACCAAGUCUUGGGGUUUAGAAAGCGGGACAGGCCUCCUCCCACAGUGCAGUAACCUCUUCCUGCACAGGUUUCCCCCCUGUCACGUCUACCUGAGACACCCCAGGCUGAAUUCUGCCUGGAGUUGGUCACCAUAUCACCCCCAGGCCAGCAUGCUCUGCCUGGCAUGUGGUGUCACAGGGGUGGGCAGUAAGGCUACCCUUGACCUGAAGGACAAAAAGCUGGGGGUGGGGGGGAGAGGGCUCUCAAAGGUCUGCUGUACCCCCAUCUGUGUUCCCAGGUUGAUCCUUGGAGACCUGUGUGAGCUGGGGGUGGCAGGUGCUAAGCUUUAGGCUAGGGGAGAGUGGGGCCCCAUGGCUUGGUGUGGUGGGUGUCUUUAAGGCCCUAGGAGCCGAGGCUCAGAGGGAGAAAACCUUUUUCUGGAACCAGCCCCUAGACCCUGCCAACCCAUGGCUUCCUGGACUCUUGGUGCCUCUGGGAGUCAGCACCCUGCUCCCGGCUCCCCUCCUGCCCCACGCCUGGCCCUGAUGCAGGGAGGUGGGCACACUGCCAACCUCCCACUCUUCGGCCCCUCCCAAGCCUGGGAGCCUGGCCCAGCGGGCAGGCCCAGAUUUGCUCUGUUUGGCUCAGCCUCCAACUUGGA